GGCCUUGACCGCCCGGGCUGCUUUGCACUGAACAUGUCGACGAAAUCACGUAUAGUGUUCUAAACGUGGCACACAAGGACUUUUUUUGUUGAUCAGUGGAGUCGUUGUUUAUGCAGCCAUGGCGUAUCAAUUAUUGAAGCACACAACAGUGAUAGGUAGUAGACGGUUAGCGUCCACUACUAUCAGGCAUGAGGUGGCCAUUGCAUCUAGGCACCACAUUAACGUUACAUCUAGGCAUGGGGUGAACAUUACGUCUGUGUAUGGAAGAGCAAAUGUCAGAUGGUUUCGUGCUACAGCGUACGCAAGUGGUAUACUUAAAAGUAAGCUUCCAGAACUUGCCAUCCCUACUGAUGUAUCACUUGCAGAGUACGUCAUGUCUGAUUUUGAUCACCAUGGAGACAGUGUUGCUAUGGUUGAGGGCGUAUCUAACAAAUCGUACACCUACAGACAGCUGAAAGAUCUUGUGCAUAGAUGCGGUAGUGGACUGAGUAAAGCUGGAUUCCAGCAAGGCGAUGUGUGUGCUUUAUUCAAACCCAAUAUGCCAGAGUACUUUAUAUCAUUUUAUUCAGUGGCUGCUAUUGGUGGAACUAUCACCACGGUAAAUCCACUCUAUUCCGCAGAUGAAUUUAUGCAUCAGUUGAAUGAUUGUAAAGCGACCUGGAUCGUGACGUCAACUGAUAACAGUGAUAAAGCCAAAGAUGCUGCAAAGAAAACAACACAUCCUGUCAAGGGUAUAUAUGUGAUAGGAGAUGAAUGUGUUGGAGGAUGUAUACCGUUUACUGACUUAAUGAAAGACGAUGGAUCAGCUUUUCCAACCAAUGUACAAAUUAACCCAAUGGAAGACGUUGUUGCCUUGCCGUAUUCAAGUGGUACAACUGGUUUACCUAAAGGUGUUAUGUUGACACAUCACAACCUAAUUGCUAAUAUUGAACAAAUGAAAUCUCCGGGACUGUUAGAUUUCAAAGCCGGUGAUACUCUAAUUUCGGUUGUGCCAUUUUUUCACAUUUAUGGCAUGGCGGUUAUCCUUUCAAAUGGUCUUAAACUUGGCACUAAGCUAAUCACAUUGCCAAAGUUUGAGCCCGAACAAUUCCUGCAAACUAUUGAAACAUACAAGGUGAACCAUGGAAUGCUUGUGCCCCCACUAAUGGUAUUCCUGGCCAAACACCCUCUAGUUGACCAGUAUGAUUUGUCUAGUUUAGAAUUUGUAUUGUUUGGAGCUGCUCCUAUUGGUGGUGAUGUUAUUAAUGCAGUCAAGAAACGGCUGAAGAAUGAUACACUUUUUUUUAGGCAAGCUUAUGGAUUAACAGAAACCAGUCCCAUAGCUACUAUGUGUUCGGCCCACCACGACUUUCAUAUUGGAUCUGUUGGCUUAUUGGUAGCAAACUCGGACGCAAAGGUCAUUGACACCAAAACCGGAGAAACUCUUGGUGUUGGUGAAAAUGGUGAGCUGUGUUUUCGUGGUCCACAUGUGAUGAAAGGCUAUCUGAAAAAUGAGAAGGCAACAAAAGCAACUCUCAAAGAUGGAUGGCUCCACUCAGGUGAUUUAAAUUAG